GAUGGAGGUCAAACUCGCAAAGGUGAAGCGCAAGAUUUUUAUCUUGAAAAAUUUCCGUGCACAGCGCGAUUUUAUGUAGAAGGAAAAACGGAAGGAAGAAAGAAAGUUGGAGGCGUGUGUUUGUGCUUUUUAAUAGUGCUUUUUGUGCCACUCAAAUUGAGGGAAUCUUCCCAGCCGAUUGUCAUCUUUCCUCUUUCAAGGCGAGCGACGUGCGGGACGUCAACAUGGGAAAGCUUUCACUGAAAAUUCUGGUUUCGUCUGUCAGCGCCGACCACACAGUUGAAAUGUGAAUCGCACGCCAGUCCCCAGUCGCCAACCCUCCUCGAGCAGUAAUGAGCCAAAACUUGCACAACACGACUUUGACGCAGAGAUUGCCUGUAAUCGCAAAUCCUCUGCUCAAUGACGGGGGCUGGUACCCACCACAUAGCAAGCAGACAGCGCCGCCCCCUCCAGCCCCCUGCAACAUGGACAACAACAAAUACGUGCCGCCGGCUGCCCCCCGGAGGCAAGAAGUCAAGCUGCAUGCCAUGCCGUGGUUUCACGGCAAGAUAUCCCGAGAACAGGCAGAACAGCUGUUGAUGCCUCGAGAGGACGGCCUCUUCCUAGUUCGCGAGUCGACAAACUACCCUGGCGACUACACCCUCUGCGUCUGCUUCCAGGGCAAGGUGGAGCACUACAGGGUCAAGUACAAAGACCAGCAACUAACCAUCGACGAUGAAGAAUUCUUCGAAACCCUCGGACAGUUAGUUGAGCACUAUGAACAAGAUGCUGACGGACUCUGCACGCAGUUGAUAAAAAGCCUACCCAAAGCUGGCAAACAGGAAUAUUGUGUUGACACCAAGGCGUUUGUGGAGGCUGGCUGGGUGAUCCAAGACCAUGAACUUGAUAUUCGAGAGUCUAUUGGAAAAGGAGAAUUUGGUGACGUGAUGCUGGGAAUUCUGCGCGGAGAGAAGGUGGCUGUGAAAAGACUAAAAGACGGCAGCGAAGCCGCACAGAAGUUCCUCGCAGAGGCAUCUCUCAUGACCUCGCUGAGGCACGAGAAUCUGGUGCAGAUGCUUGGCUUGGUGGUUAACAACAAGCACAUCUGUCUCGUCACCGAAUUCAUGAGCAAGGGCAGUCUGGUCGACUACUUGAGAUCCCGAGGCAGGCAACAUGUCACCAAGAAGGAUCAGAUUCACUUUGCAUAUGACACUUGCUCUGGCAUGGAGUACUUAGAGUCUAGAAAGGUCAUCCAUCGAGAUUUAGCUGCGAGAAACGUUCUCAUUUCUGAGGAAGGUCUGGCAAAAGUUUCUGACUUUGGCUUGGCCAGGGAUGAGAACGUCUCUGCAGAGGGUGGCAAACUUCCCAUCAAAUGGACAGCACCUGAGGCUUUGAAACAUGGGAAAUUUUCCAAUAAAUCCGACAUGUGGAGUUUUGGAAUUUUGCUCUGGGAAAUUUACUCAUUUGGACGAGUGCCUUAUCCGCGAAUACCUCUUGCUGACGUGGUAAAACAUGUUGAAAAAGGCUACAAAAUGGAAGCCCCUGAAGGAUGCCCACCCGAAGUUUAUCAGAUCAUGAGAGAGGCAUGGAAUCUGAAUGCAGAGAAUAGACCGAGUUUCAAAGAAGUUAAGUUAAAAUUGCAACAGCUGCAAAAUCAGACAAUUUAGAGUUUGCAAGUGGACAAUGGAACAAACUUAUUUAGUGAAAUUGUCUUCUGUGACGGACAUUGCGUACCUAAAUAUUACCUAUUUAUAACAACAAGUCGUAUAGACUCCCCACUGUAUUUUCUUAUCUAAAUAUGUAGUUAUAUUGUUAAGUUUGUCCACGUCUAACUUAUUGUUUGC